GAGGCGAGGCGAAAGGGAGUGGAGUGCGCGGCGCGGCGCGGUUAUCCGGACGGCCAUUGCGAGUAACUUGUACGAAGCCGCGAGCGCGAUUCCGUGUUGUGCGGCACACAAGCGAAAAAUUUCGGUGGACCGACCAUCAUCUCUGCAGUAAGGUGCCCUGUGUCAAGUUCGGGACGCGUACGAGACUCCGGCCCGAUGGCUGAGACCGACAAAUUGAACAUCGACAACAUCAUUGCUCGGCUCUUGGAAGUACGAGGAGCAAGACCAGGCAAAAAUGUUCAGCUGACGGAAGUGGAGAUUAGAGGACUGUGUCUGAAAUCACGUGAAAUUUUUCUAUCACAACCCAUCCUGUUAGAACUCGAAGCACCAUUGAAAAUAUGUGGUGAUAUACAUGGACAAUACUACGAUUUGUUGCGAUUGUUCGAAUAUGGCGGUUUUCCUCCCGAAAGCAACUACCUUUUCUUAGGAGAUUACGUUGAUAGAGGGAAACAAUCAUUGGAGACUAUCUGUCUCCUUCUUGCCUAUAAGAUCAAGUAUCCAGAAAAUUUUUUCUUGUUGAGAGGAAAUCAUGAAUGCGCGUCCAUUAAUAGGAUAUAUGGAUUUUAUGAUGAAUGUAAACGUCGUUACAAUAUUAAACUGUGGAAAACAUUUACCGAUUGCUUCAAUUGCCUACCUGUUGCUGCGAUAGUAGAUGAAAAGAUAUUUUGCUGCCAUGGAGGCUUGAGUCCGGAUCUGCAAAGCAUGGAGCAGAUCAGACGUAUCAUGCGACCGACGGAUGUACCUGAUCAGGGAUUGCUCUGUGAUUUAUUGUGGUCCGAUCCCGAUAAAGACACUAUGGGUUGGGGCGAAAACGAUCGUGGUGUAUCGUUCACUUUCGGCGCAGAAGUCGUUGCCAAGUUUUUACACAAACAUGACUUUGAUCUUAUAUGUCGUGCGCAUCAGGUGGUGGAAGAUGGUUAUGAAUUUUUUGCCAAACGGCAAUUAGUGACACUGUUCUCGGCUCCGAACUACUGCGGCGAGUUUGACAAUGCAGGUGCCAUGAUGUCAGUGGACGAGACUCUCAUGUGCAGUUUCCAAAUUUUGAAACCGGCCGAUAAGAGGAAAUUUACUUACGGUGGUCUGAAUGCUGGACGGCCUGUGACGCCACCGCGGGGUGCAAACAACAAAAAUAAGAAGAAGUGAAGUUCUUAGAUUUAUCUUUUCGAAUGCUUAGGAUCUUACAACUGCUACCGCCCGACCCAACAUCUAUCAAGACAUUAAAAAAAAACCUUGUAAAAGGAGGCAGACAGAGAAGAGAGAGAGAGAGAGAGAGAGAGAUGAGUUAUAAUAAUAAUUAUUAUUAUAAUUAUAUAUUAUUAUUAUUAUUUUUGAUUGACUACGAAGCCUGUGGAAAUAAUUACAGUCAGAAAUACAUCUAUAUCGGAAAAUCCGGAGGGGCGUUGCUUUUCACAGAGUUUAUCAAAAGUAGUAAGUGAUAGUGCGUAUGUUGUAGCUAAAUGUGUUAUCGUAUAAAACAAAAUAGUAGUGGUAAAACAAUUGAUCAAUCAUAAGAUUAGGAAGAAUUUUACGUGAUUUCCGUGACAUUCUUAACAAUUGAAAAAUAAGAAGUAGAGAGAAGAACCAGGCACUUUCAUUGUAAUUCGUAUUUCCUAUUCGUCAUUCGUAGCAUCUUUUAGCUUAUUCAUCAUUUGCAUUUACAUUCAUCGAGUAUAGCAAAUAUCUGAUUACUCUAGGAAAGAUAUGACCUUUUUUGAUCACUUUAUGCCGUGAGAAAAAUAUGAUAAUUAGUAAUCAGUCAUACGCAUACAUACAAACACUCACUGACUCACACUGACGCACACACAUAGCGCUCUCGUUUCAUUAUGUAAGUAUACUGUUAAUGAAGAUAUCGAUACAAAUAAUGAACUAGCGAUCAUCUAGAGACUUAAUUCCCUGAAGUAUAAUAGGUAUUUAUAGCUUGAUACUUCUGUAAGUUGCACAAAUUUGUAAACGACAUCUAUUACGUCAUACCUACUUUUAUAAAUAUACAUUUAUAUGUGUGUGUGAAUUGUGAAAUACAAAGAGAGAGAGAGAGAGAGAUAGACGAGAGAUUUUGUUUUAAGAGCAAGUGUCGAAGCGUUAACGAAUUACUAAUAUUCACAUUAUACACAUAUUGUCUCGCGACAAACGAGAAUAUUUAUAUUGCAGUUAUAUGGUGGCAAGGCUUCUCUGGAUUAAUUUCAAUGAUGCUACAAUAUAUAAACGUGGAAAGAUAAUAAUCAUGUGAUUAAUAAAUAAAUGAGCACACGCGAACGCGCGUCGUAUAGCGAUUGAUGUCACUAAUGUCAUUGAUGAUAGUCGAUUCUAAUUUUCGAAAUAAUACGAAAAGGGAGAAGCCUUUUGGGGUCGGGAGAUUUUCCAUCUCUCGCUCGAGACAGUCCUGUUAACAGGACAUAUUACUAUUGUUAACAUCAUUUUCCUUCUUCUUCCCUCCCCCCCCCCCCCCUUCUUCGUUUCCCUGCCAUUUAUUCAGCUACUCAUUUUAUUCAGUUCAUCCUAAUCCUCAACGAUCCUAUUAACCAAUGCACAGAUUCAUCCUCGAUAUUAUGGAAGAAAACGCGAUAGCUACGAGAAACUACGACGUGAGGAUCUUAUUACGGGGAUCUUGAGACCAAUCACAUUUAGCUUCCUUUCUUCAUACUUGUACAUUCAUUACUUUUUUAUAAAUAAAAUUCACAUAAAAACAUC